AUGGCCGCCGGUAUGCCGCAACCUUAUCGUAACAAAUUAUCAUCGGGUAAUUUAUCCGAGAUGAAAUCUUCCGCGCGCACUUCCCGUCAGAAGCAGGGAGGCAGUUUUGAACGCGCUGAGGGUUUGGACGGAGCCCAGGCGUCAUUCAAGAGCCGCACUCUUGCCAACUUUGCCGACGCAGAACAACUCAACCCAACCCAACGCACCCACGCGCCAUCUACAUCGCCGCGCGAUGCCAUCUUCCUGUUCCGGUUCGCGACACCCGUAAUAAACUUUGCGCAACGGAACGUGACUCCGAUAACUUAUUCUCGUCACGCAGACCGACGCCAAGGCCGAUUUAUAAGUCUCCACGGCGGCUCGUGCGACUGUGAAAGUGCCGAGGGCGCGAGUGAUGCCGCGGACGCCGGCGCGCCGAGCGUAGAGUGUGCGAAACACGAUUCAGUGAGUGAGGGAGCGUUGCGCGCGAACAGCGUCAACAGUGACGAGCAGGGCCGUGGUGAAGUGAGUGUUCCCGGUGGCGGUGCGGGCGCGGAUGGUGUUGCCAGCGCCGUGGCCUCCGAGGAGGACGACUGUGUGAUUGUGUGCGCGCGCGAUGCGGACGAGAGGUCAGACUCGGGCGUGAGCGGGGUGCGCUCGGGCGGUUCCGCCAGCUCGGUGGAGGAGCGCGAGUGGCGCGGGAUGGCGCACGGCUACGGCGGGGGGCCCCCGCCGCCGCUGCUGCACCUGCCUCCGCCGCCGCCGCCCACGCUCUACCCGGGCGAGCUGCUGUGGAAGCAGCAGCAGCGCUACCAGCCGCCGAUGCACGCGCCGCUGCACCACGCGAUCGCCGACGACUACCUGGCCGCCGCGACAUACGACAGAGAGAGACAUGAAAGACUGCUACGAGAAAGAAGGGAACAGGAGCAACAGGCGAUGCUGGAAAAGCAGCAGAAAGAAAAAGAGAGGGAACGGAUGGAACGUGAGCGCGAGAGAGAACGCGAAAGAGAAAGGGAAAGGGAAAAGCAAGAAAGGGAAGAAAAAGAAAGAAGAGAACAAGAGAAUGCCGCAUCAAAACUUGUUUCGAGACAUUUCGAGGAAUCUCUUAGACUGGCUAAUCAAAAGCGUGAGCGCAGCAUGUCGCAGCAUGGAGCAUCGUGGCCUCUACUGAACAGCCUCUCCGGCCGCGGGGUGGGGCCCGUCGGCGGAGUCGGCGUCAGCGCCGCUGACCACGAGCGACUGCGAGCAGACGCGCGCUACUACUCGCCGCCGGCCGAUUACAACCCGCACGCCCCGCGCCACGCCAUCCCCAAGCCUGACAAGUCCCAUCCAGGCCUGCCCAAGGGGGAGCCCAACUUCGCUCCCUACAACUAUCCCCCCUAUCGAGGCUACGAGAAACUAAAGGACCAGCACCUCCCGGCGCCUCCGCCACUAGUGCCCGAAAAGAACUCUGUGAUAGUAAAGCACGACGCCAAACAAAUCCACCUCGAACAGAAGCAUCCGUACCCUAGCAAGCCGCGGAACGAGCCGUCUCACUACCUGCCGCGGCCGCACCGGACGGGGCUGUCUCCGCACGCUCCGCCCCAUCCACACCCGCACCCGGCGCUGCAGACCUCGCCACACGCGGCGCUACCGGCUCAGGACAAGUCCCGGCGGAUGUACCAACCGCCUCAGCGGUCGCCCGCCUAUUACCAGACGGCGCCGGUGAAGCCCAAAGUGUCUAGUCCGGCGCCGCCGCACAUCUACGGCAAGCCCGGCAACUCGCCCAGCCCCGCGCACUACACCGUCGCCGUGGAGCCACCGCCACUGCAGCUCACGAAGGCGGAGCCCCCUCCGGUGCCCUACCCGCCGCCGUCCGCCUACUCGCCCGCGCCGCGCACUCGCCCGCCGCCCGUCGCGCACUGUCGCAACCCACCCGAGCCACGAGCCGCUCCUCCGCGGGCGCACGGCGAUCGGGCCUCGCCCUCGAUGGCUGCCUGUCAGACGCAACCGCUCGAUCUCGGCAUCGCGCGCGACGACCCCGAAAGGCUGUCGCCUCGGCGCCGCUACCCCUUCGAGCCGGCGGACGCGGACGCUAAACGGCGGCGUAUGGACGAGCUGCCCGCACCCGAGCCGCUUAUAGCGGCCGCGGCGAGCGUGGGCCGCACGCCGCUGGGCUCGGAGCCCGCGCCCCAGGCGCCCGGCCCGCCCUGCGACGUGCGCGUGCCCUCCGCGGACGGCAGCGUCGAGACGCCCGAGAAGGCGGCCGGCGCCUCGCCCGCGCCGCACCUCACGCCCGCAGCCAGCCCCGCCCCGCCGACGCCCGUGCCGCCCGCCUCCGCCUCGCCGCCCAUGACGGCGCCCACGCCGCCCGCGCCGCCGGCCACGCCGCCCGUCACGCCGCUCGCCGACAACGACACCCCGGCCAAGGUGGCGUCGCCCAGCCAGCGCGACACCGCGGCGCCCGUGCGCCACCUGGGCAAGAAGGCCUGGCUGCAGCGGCACGAGACGGCGCCCAUCGGGGAGGGCGACUGCUCCGGGGGAGGCGGCACCUGCAUCACCCUGCCCAUGACCAUCAACCGCGCCUCCGAGCCCGACGACUCGAGCUCGAACAUCGUCGUGCCCGUCGCCGCCAAGUCGAUCCAGCGCGGCGCGCGCAAAGCCUCCAAGCCGCGCAAGCCGAAGGAGCCCAACGGCCGAGUCGACGACGCCGAGGAAGACAGCUCCAGCUCGGACCGCGAAUCGAACGCGCCGCCUAAGCGGAAACCGCCGAAGGCGAAGCGGAAAAAGGGCACGCUGCCGCGGAAGGUGGGCGACGAGCCGAAGAAGAAGAAGGCGUCCGAGAGCGGCAGCGAGAGCGACAAGGAGAGCGACGACAAGGACUCGGACUCAGGCGCGAGCGGCAGCGGCAGCGGGAGCAACUCGAGCAAGCGCGGCGGGGGAAGCCGCGCGCGCGGGCGGCGCUCGCGGGGCGGCGGGCGCGGCGGGCGCAGGCGCGACGAGCCGCGCCGCCGCACGCCGUCGGCCUCGGCGCGCGCGGCCGGCGAAUCGUUCCUGCAGAACGGGCCCUGCUUCGAGGUGGCGCCGCGGCUGGCCAAGUGCCGCGAGUGCCGCUGGUCGCCCGCGCAGCGCGACAAGGACAUGCCCAACAUCUUCUGCCGCUUCUACGCCUUCCGCAGACUGAAGUACGCCAAGAACCGGCAGCUCGCCAUCGCCGGCUUCUCAGACCCUUACAAGGACGCAGAGGAGGAGGACAGAAAACUUUGGCUGUCAUCCUCUGCCGGUGCAGCGGAAUUAGACAUCGAGAUGAGCUGCUUCCUCUUACGGGAGAUCGGGGAUCAGUUCUGUGAACUGUUGCAGCAAGAGAAAGAGGCUGAAUCCCACCACCUUAAUGAAGACAAGACAAUAGCGUGGAAACGUGUCGUCCAGGGAGUUCGCGAAAUGUGCGAUGUGUGCGAAACGACCUUAUUCAAUUUCCAUUGGACAUGCGGGAAAUGUGGUUUUGUCGUAUGCCUCGACUGCUAUAAGUCACGGACGUCGGGUGAAUCUGGCAACUCCAGUAGCAGUGAAUCAAACAGCUCAAGUACUGCUUCUACUAAUGGCGAAAGGGAUUCCUUCGGCUGGCUGACGUGCACGAGCGGCGGCGCACACCCCGCGCGGCGGCUGCUGCUGACGCAGAUCGCGCCGGGCGGCGUCCUGGCGGCGGCGGCGAGGAGGGCGCACGAGGCGCGCGCCGCCUUCGCGCUGCCCGCCUGCGCCUGCGGCCACAGCGCCGCGCCGCGCGCCAAGGACCGCGCGCUCGCCAAGGCGCUGCUGCAGCGCGCCCUCUCCAAGAACAUUAAGAAAGAGGAAGUGAAAGAGGAGAACUCGACAAACGGUUCGUCGCCAGUGAAGUCUGAAAAUGGUAAAACCACUAGUAGCUCUGUUGUCAGCUGGUUGUCAGAUAUACCAAUGAAAACUGAGGCUGAGAAAGAAGAAAAAUCAGAUAGCAGUUCCUCUGACUCUGAAGAGAGUGGCAAUUUCUCAACGCUGCGCGAACUUCUGAUAAGACCUGCACCAGAAGGGGGCGAGACGCAGCCGAAGAAAAAGCAGAAGAAAAACAAGGGAGAUCUAUUGGAUGACGUCAUAUCUAGUGUAGUAGAACAGAAGAAAGACGAAGACGGAGAAGAGAAACCCUUUGCCUUGUCCAACGUAGUGAAACGCUAUGACAGAGGUGGCCGUGGCGUGGAUGACCUCCCUAUACGCAUUAUGACCCUCACCGAAUCCAAACUUCUGUAUCCUGAUGUGCCUCAUGCCUGGCUUUGUGACGGAAAGCUUUUGCAUCUAACCGAUCCCGCGCACACUGGCAACUACAAGCCAUUCCAGGACCAGUGGAAACGAGGCCAACCAGUUCUAGUCUCCGAUGUAUCCAGCCUCCUAGAGAAGGAUCUCUGGAGUCCCGAGAGUUUCUCCCGCGACUUUGGCGAUACCCGCGUGGAUCUCGUCAACUGCGCCUCGGGCCUGGUGGUGCCCAAUCAGCCCGCCAGAAAGUUCUGGGACGGCUUCGAGCUCGCCGAGAAGAGGCUGAGGGACGAGCGCGGCGCCCCGAUGGUCCUGAAACUGAAGGACUGGCCCCCGGGCGAAGAUUUCGCCGAGCUGCUGCCGGCGCGCUUCGACGACCUGAUGCGCGUGCUGCCCCUGAGCGAGUACACGUCGCGCAACGGGAAGCUGAACCUCGCCGCGCGGCUGCCCGAGUGCUUCGUGCGGCCCGACCUGGGCCCCAAGAUGUACACCGCGUACGGCGGCGCCGGCGGCACCACCAACCUGCACCUGGACGUGAGCGACGCGGUGAACGUAAUGGUGCACGCGAGCGUGCCCGUGGACGCGCAGGAGCGGGCGCGCGAGGCGACGCGCGCCGCCGAGGAGGCCGGCGUGGACGUCCUCUCGCGGCGGAGGGCGCGCGUCAAGCCGCCGGCGGCGCUGUGGCACAUCUACGCGGCGAAGGACGCCGACAAGAUCCGCGACUUCCUGGUGCGCGCCGAACUGGAGCGCGGCGCGCGGCCGCGGCCGCAGCACGACCCCGUGCACGACCAGACGUGGUACCUGGACGCGGCGCUGCGCGAGCGCCUCUACCGCGAGUACGGCGUGGAGGGCUACGCCAUCCUGCAGUGCCCGGGCGACGCGGUGUUCGUGCCGGCCGGCGCGCCCCACCAGGUGCGCAACCUGCUCGACUGCAUCAAGGUGGCGGAGGACUUCGUCUCCCCGGAGAACGUGUCGCGGUGCUUCGAGCUCGCGCAGGAGUUCCGCCGGCUGUCGCGCCAGCACGCCAACAAGGAGGACAAGCUGCAGAUCAAGAACAUCGUGUACCACGCGGUGAAGGACUCGCUCUGCUGCCUCGAGGGGGCCCUCGACGAAGCCAAG